UCCACAAUUUCAGCCUUCUUCAGUUUUUCGAUUUUCUCGACGUCCAAACACCCGAUUAAGCCAACAACUAGAAUGGCAUUCCGAUUGAGCAAUAACCUAAUCGGAAUCCUCAACAUCAUAACGAUCUUGCUCUCGAUACCGAUCAUCAUUGCCGGGGCCUGGCUUAGAAACAACGGCUCGACGGAAUGCGCGCGCUUUCUCGACGCUCCGGUCAUAGCUGUCGGUGUCUUUCUGAUGCUCGUCUCUCUGGCUGGCUUGUUCGGUGCGUGCUGUCGCGUGAACUGGUUGCUCUGGCUGUACCUUGUUAUCAUGUUUCUCCUCAUCGUCAUCGGCCUCGGUUUCACGAUUUUCGCAUUUGUGGUGACCAAUGAAGGAGCCGGAAAGGCGCUGUCCGGAAAAGGGUAUAAGGAGUACCGGCUAGGGGAUUAUUCCAACUGGUUGCAGAAGAGAGUCAACAAUGGUAAGAAUUGGAAUAAAAUCAAGAGUUGCUUGUUCGUCAGCGGGGUUUGCUACACUUUUAGAGACAAGUUUCUCCAUGAUAGCACCCAGAAAUUCUACCAGGAGCAUCUCACUGCCAUUCAGUCUGGUUGCUGCAAACCAUCAAAUGACUGUGGAUUCACCUAUGUCGGCCCAACUAACUGGACCAAGACUAAUACGGACUACACCAACCCUGAUUGUGAUGCCUGGGAUAAUAAUCCAAUUGACUUGUGCUUCAAUUGCAAUUCGUGCAAGGCUGGUCUGCUAGACAACAUCAAGGGUCAGUGGAAGAAAGUUGCCAUUGUCUGCAUUGUGUUCCUCAUUUUCCUCAUUUCUACCUAUACCAUUGGCUGCUGUGCAUUCAGAAACAACAGGAGAGACAAACAUGACUAUGGAUGGAAGGAUUGAACCAGAUAUUUUCAGAUCAGAACAGAUAUAUCAGCAUGUAGGCAUGGUUGGGCUUCCUUACCUGGAUGUUUUACAUUUUAGAACAUAUUUGUUUUGUAUGUGACCAUUUCAUUUGGUUUGCUGGUAGUAUAUUAUCUGAGAACAAAUCAACAUAUGGACGUUGCGCAAGUGGGAAGCAAAAAUGUGAAAGUUAAAGGACAUCUUAAGCCGCCUUUGAGACUGGUAGAGAUGAAAAGUAGGUUCCUCAUUUCACCCACAGACAUCUCAAUUAUUGCAAUCAAGUUUUUAUUGAGCA